AUGUCAUCCAAAUCAAAGACGAUGGUACCUCCCAUCAAUUGUAUCUUCAACUUUCUACAGCAACAAACCACGGUGACGUUUUGGUUAUUCGAGCAAGUUGGGACGAGGAUAAGAGGGAAAGUUAGUGGGUUUGAUGAAUUCAUGAACGUGGUAAUAGAUGAUGCUAUUGAGAUACCCGUAGAUGCAAAGACGGGUAAGGAACUAGUGAGUAAGGGUACUAAACUGGGGAGAAUACUAUUAAAAGGUGAUAAUAUAACGUUAAUAACGUCUGCAGAUUAA